AUGCUGCUGUUUGCAAAAGUGCUGCUAAUCGCUCAUUUUUCAAGAGCUGAAAAGCUUAUUUGCAAGCCAUAUGGAACACAAGAAGUGCCUCAGUUUUCAAAAUAUGGAGACAUCACAAUAGGAGCAAUACUUUCAAUCCAUAAAAACCCAGUUGUUGUGAAUCCAACAUUUAAACUCAAUCCAGGUCACAUCAUCUGUGAAAGUUUAAAUCCUGGAGUGUUACAGAUUGCUCAAGCUAUGAUCCUUGCCAUUGAAGAAAUUAAUAACAGAUCAGAUAUUCUUCCUAAUGUUACCCUGGGCUAUAAGAUAUAUGAUUCCUGUCGCUCCAUACCUCUGUCUAUAAAAGUAUCAUUGGAAUUAAUGAAUGGGCAUGAAGAAGGACUUCUAUCAAACCAGUCCUGCACCAAACCCUCGACUGUCCACGCCAUCAUAGGGCAGUCUAGUUCAACACUAGCAAUAGGCAUUGCAGCAACUGUCGGACCAUUUCGCAUACCAGUGAUCAGUCACUUUGCUACAUGUUCCUGUCUCAGUAACAAAAAGGAGUUCCCCAGCUUCUUCAGGACAAUCCCCAGUGAUUAUUACCAAAGCAGAGCCCUUGCAAAGCUUGUGAAGCACUUUGGAUGGACCUGGGUUGGGGCCAUUAGAAGUGAUAAUGAUUAUGGCAACAGUGGGAUGGCUACCUUUAUACAAGCAGCUCAGCAAGAGGGGAUCUGUACUGAAUACUCAGAAGCCAUUCUGAGAACUGAUUCUAGAGAGAAAUUCCUUAAAGUUGUAGAAAUCAUUAGGAAAUCAUCUUCAAAGGUGCUACAUUACAUGAGAAGUGUUAACUUCACAACCAGGAGUGGAGAGAAGGUGUAUUUUGAUGAAAAUGGGGAUCCAGUAGCACGAUAUGCAGUAGUAAACUGGCAUCUGAAUAAGGAAGGGAUUACAACUAUUGAGAUUAUUGGACAGUAUGAUGCCUCAUUACCAGAAGGACACCAAAUUAUAAUAAACAAUGCCAGUAUUGUAUGGGCAGGUAAUCACAGUAAGGUAAGGUAUUGACCAGCAAAUUGACACUAACAGAUGUGACAGAAGGACAGAAACAUUCACUCACCCAAUUCAAGGCAUCAUUAGAAGUACAGUACUGUCUCCUAUGUUCUGAGACCUCAUUUGUUGUGAUAGGAAGAGAGUUAAUUAACAUUCACAGCCAUUAUGGAUAAGCAAAUA